CUCAUGAAGCAGUUUCAAAAAUAUAUUUUUAUUCAGGAGGAAUUUUGGUAGAUUGUUUUUGUUUUACUCUUCCCGAUAAUUUUGACCUUCCUAUUCCCUGAAGAUCAUUGGUCACCAUGGCAGCAGCCUAUCGUGUUGUUGUGAGCAGCGUGAGCUGUUACAACAGUGUGGUAGUAGACCGACGCACUCACUCCCAUGCAGUACACUACUGCUCAGGGCCAUGUGGAGCACUGUCCCAGGGCUUGGACUGCACUGUUGCACACCGUGGCACCUGUUCUGAGCUCCUUGUUGCACCUGACCCUCAAUACAAUGACCUUAACAGCUCGCCCAUACACUCCCGCAACAUUAUUGCUCAGCAGCUUCCUAACCAUGCUAAAGUUUGUCUUGCCAUGGAUAGUACUCAUAAUGGGAGCCUAGAGAGGGCAGGCAGCAGUGGCAAUUUAUCUUUAGGAGAAGAGAGCCCAACAUGGCGUGGUAAGAAGACCUCUGGUGGUGGAGCAUCGACUGGGAGUAUGACCUCCUCUGGCAGUCUGAAGGAUAUUACCGAAGAAGCCAUCAACCUGGCCAGUGGUAAACUCAAGGAGUUUUCAUUUGAUAAGCUCCGCCUCUCAUCCUCCAGCCACAUCACCUUCCGGAAAGGCCGUAAAGUCCGUCCUGACUCUUUUAGUCGUCGCUCCACCGACCUGGAGAUUAUUUAUGGCCACUUCAGCUCCAACCUUACCACAAAUGCAACUACUAACGGUAUGACAAAUGGCACGGCUUCUUCUAAUGAUGAGAACCUGCCACCAUUUGUGCAAGGGAAAGGAACGGUGCUAGAGGAAACGAAGAUUAAGGGCAACCCAGGCACCAUGUCGUCCAUCACCAAAGUUGCUGGUGGCUCAACAAACAGCCUCACGAGUAUUGGGUCAUUAGACCAAAGUCUGAACACAGUGGCCUCCCUGUACCGCAACACCCUAGGAGAAGAGAACUUAAUUGCCCGUCUGCUGGAGAAGACGCGAGCGGAGGCAGCUACUGGCGGAGCAGGUGGCGAAGACAUACGUGCCUGCCUUGAUAUUCUGCUUAAAUGUUCUGAAGACCUUAAGAAAUGCACUGACAUAAUCAAACAGUGCAUCAAACACAAAGCUGGUGGAGGCCCAGAGGAUGGGGAAGCAAGCCCUGACAGUGUGUAUCGGGCUGUGAUGACUCGUCUCAGUUCCUAUCUUAAGAGAUUGCCUCUGGAGCUGGAAGGAAUUGGAGGUUUUGGAGGCUGUGGACAGGGUGCACCUGGAAGCGGGCACAGUGAUUUGGCUGAACUGGUUAACACUCUUCACUCCAUCCAGCAGGGACCUUAUUCGCCGAUAUUUGGCAAUGAACAACCUCCUCGCUAUGAAGAUGUGGUGCUCUCUCCUCCAAUCCCAAAGACUGUUCCACAUUCUGUUUCUGCUCCAUCCUCUGUCUCAUCUACUUCUUUAUCUCUAAAAUCAGAUUCCAUCCAUACCAAACCAGUUCAGAGCUCAGCCCAGCUUAGAGCUACCCCACUUACUAAUGGAGUUAUCCAACAUCCACAUACUUCUUCUUAUACACAACAUACUCUCUCUCCUCCAACCAUUAUAUCCUCUUCAUCCAGCUCCUCUCCAACACACUCCUCCUCCCCUCUUCGUAACUCCCCGACCCCAGCUUAUACACACACUCCCCCAGCAUCUCCCAUGGAGGCUCUUUAUAUUGAGGAGGAGGAAGCAGAUAUGGGAAAGACACCAGAACAAAUCUCACAGCAGACACACACUCCAUCUAGAGGGAUGAACAGCAGCCAGAGCAAAAGUGGGACUAUGAUGGGGCAACACAUGCACCUGUCCCAAACACACACGCUCUAUAACUCUUCAAAUAAUUUGCCAGUCAGCUCUGGCUAUGGCUCAAAUUGGCCUUCCUCUGCGUCACUAACAGUCUCUGCACCCAAAGCUGCUGCACACAGGAAUGAUGACAUUGACAAGCUGCUCAUGGACUUGGAGAAUCUCUCUCAAAGUAUGACUCAUCCCAGAAAGACAGAGCCUCCACUUCCAGCCAAAACCAGGAAGAGAGAUGGGAGCCAAGGGAUCACCUCCAGUGAGUCCUUCACUCAACCCAAAAUGGCUCUGUUCCAAGUCUCAAAGCCAGACAGCCACUUAACCAUGAACGGCAUUAGCUCCAGAACUCCCCAGAGUUUCACUCCUCCUAAAGAAGAGAGGAGUGAAAAUGUGGCAGGAGAGGAGGAGGAUGGGGCAUUGUUGCUGAGAAUCCUUGAGAGCAUUGAGAGUUUUGCCCAAGAACUGGUGGAUUCCGGAGCAGGGAGCACAGGGAGUGCUGAGAGGAACAGUGGAAAGGAGCGGGAGGUGAUGAGGCUCCUGCAGGAUACACUGGCCACCGCUGGCAGGGCUGAUACUCCUCUGGAGAGCACAAACCCACCAGCUGCUCCCACCGCUCCAACUGUACAUACAGAUGCAAUCUCAGAUACACUGAUAAAACACACCUUGGCAAAUACACCUGAAGUUUCACCUGCCCCAACACCUGCAGUAUCUGAUUCUGAAAGCAGUGCUUCAGCUGAACAAGCACCGAAAUCUACACCUGAAAGUGCUCCCCAACCUUUGCCUACACCUACACCUGACCCUCCAGUCGAGUCUGUGGAUAAAAUUCCAGAAGCGUCUACAGAUGAGGAUGACUCAAAACCAGUCUCUGCCCCGAUAUCCUCUGCACCUGCAAACUUGCAUUCCUCUAAGCUUUCCGAUGAAACCAUACCUGUGGCCGCACCUGAAGCUCCAGCUCCUGUUGCUACGCCAACCACAGCAAGUGCUACCGUUGCUGUUGGUGAACAUACUGCUUUGAGAGAUGCUGGCUCAACCCUUCUUAUCCAGCAGACUCCAGAGGUCAUUAAAGUAAGUGUUCCAAAGUCACACUCACAAAUGCAUAAUCUAACAGACAAUCAAAGACAUGAACAUUUCAGAAAAUAG